AUGAUGAACAGGAUCCUCUUUGCUUGCCUGCUGCUCAGCUUGUUCAGCGGAGGCUCCUCACUGAGCUGCAGAUGGUUGGAUCAUAAAUUCAGACAGUACAAUGAGAAGUGUUUGGAGCUGCUGGAUGCGAUGGUUAAUAAUUCCACUAAACCCAGUGAGGAUGAUGAACUGGAUGUGGACUUCCCUCAUGAUCUGUACAACCAGACCUCCAAAGCAUCAACUCGGCAUCGUCUUGUCUUCAUCGUGCAGGUCCUGAAGGAAGUCUUUAAGCUGUUGGAGAAGAAUCACAGCUUGGCAUCAUGGGAGGAGCAGUCAGUGGAAAACUUCCUCAAUCUUGUGAUUAGGCAGACUCAUGAACUGAGACACUGUAUUGGGAGCCACAUCCACAAGUGGAAAAAUGAUGACCUGGCCAAAUAUUUCCAUACUCUUUCAAACCAUAUCACGAAAAUGGGCCACAGUGCUGAAGUCUGGGAGCUGAUCAGAGAGGAAAUCCAACUGCAUUUAUUCAGAGUCCACCAGCUGGCUUCAUCUCUAAUGACCAACAACUGA